ACCACUUCUCACCGAAAUGGGAAAUCCAAGGCUUAGUCCACUCCGCUGCUGCCCCAGCACCCCCGGGGACGCGAUGCGGCCCGGCCGGGAGGGGCGAGAGCGGCUGUCAGAAGAGCCUCGAGGCAAAAAAGGCAGAGGGGCAAAAGGCGAAAGCACUGCCAUUUGUACCGCCCUCCGGGCUCCGCGGGCGCAGCGCUCCCCGAAGAGAAACUGGCCCGGGUACAGAGGAAGCUGGGGUUUUCCCGGAGGUCUCGCUCCUGUCUUCCUUCCCAGCAUUUGGCAGGAACGAAUCCCCUUACUGGAAAGCCGAAAGGUGGGGUUGAAGUGGCCUUCCCAAGGACAGAAAGUCUUGGACCGAACGAAAGGCGGAGAAGGAAAACUGUGCUGCCCCUGCAGCUGCCGCCGCCGAGCCCCGGCGUCCCCACCCCGCGCUUCGCUCUCCGAGGCCGCGUGGGCGGCGGGAAAGAAGGAAGACUUUCCCGCGUGCGUGUGGACCGGGCUUAGGACCGCGGCUCAUCCUCCACCCUCCCCACCCCCUCUCUCCAGGAUCUCGUGGGUCCGGAGGAAAUUCACCCCCCUCGGAGACCGAGCUAGACUCCACAUUUUCUCCCGGGUGGUCUGCGGGUCAAAGACAGGGCCCCCAGGUUUGAUGCCUGGAGGGGGAGAGGAGAGAGGUUUGAUGCCCUGGAGCAACCAUGGCCCUAGGCAGUAA